ACACCAUCAAUUGACAAAGGCUCAUAUAUUCUGAGGUCAGAGGCUGAGAUUACGGCAAAUCGAGCAGACUUGUCACUUGCACAACAUGGCCCGUGCUGAAAUACAGAUCCCAGUCACCGAAGACGAGAAUGAGAAUUUGAUGCGAUUGGAGGAAGGUCCAUUGACACCAAACCAGCCAUUAGAUGAAAUAGAGAUCACCGACGAUGAGCUUAAGAAAUUGAAGUCAUUGAGGGAAGCCGAUUCAUCAAAGAAGCUAUUAAAAAUUCAAAAGGUUCCGAAUAUCUUGUGUUCGUGCUACGGUAAGAAGGAUUGCAAACGAUAUUUCAAACCAACUUCUGUUGCGAUCGGUCCCCUCAACCAUCAAAGAGAGACUGACAAAGAUUCGAGAAUGGAAAGAGGGGAGAAGUGCAAACAAAAACUGGCGGCAAUGUUCAUCAAGGAUGGGAAGGAGGUAGAUUUCUACAAGAAUGUCAAGAAGAAGAUAAAUAGCUUGAAGAACUGCUAUAACUUCAAAGAAAUACAGAAAUGGAGUGAUGAGGAGUUGGCCUGGAUGUUCCUAGUGGAUGGCUGUGCAUUGCUGCAAUUCAUAGCCCUUGAUGUGUCCAAUAGGUGGGAGUUCUUCAGUGAUAAUGAUCCAGUCAGCAUUGAGAAGGUUGAUUUUUUCUUACUUGAGAACCAACUGCCCUACCAACUCCUUCAGAUAUUGAUAGACUCGUUCGCUGAAUUCCCAAGGGGAGGAUUUGGACGAAAACCUAAUCCUAAGCAGUUUUGCAAGGACUUAAUCAACGACUUAAUCAACGAAUUCAUCAAUAGGAGUUUCUUCAGUCUGAGUCCGCAAGAAAAACACCAAACUGGGAUUGAUUACUUUCAGCCUCCUCCUCCUCAUCUUCUAGACUUGUUGCGAAGAAGACUAACGAUUGAGUAUUCUCAGCCAGUUUCUUGUCUAGACUCGUUGCGAAGAAGACUAACGACUGAUUAUAAUUUUCAGCCUCUUAGAAGACCGAUGGGAGAGACGGGUGAGAAACAAGAAGGGACUAAGAAAGAUGGUUUUUGGGAGACAUUGACUGAUGAUAAAAGCUGUUAUACAUCAUCUGUUGAAUGUACCAAAAAAAAAGGGGAAAGCUGUUCUGUUCAUAACAAAAGCAAACACUGGCCUUCAAUUCGCAACGUAAAGGAGCUGAAAGAGAAGGGUAUUCGUUUUAAAGCGAGGGAAAAGGGAGGUGCCAUCACAGACAUCGAUUUCAAAGACCGUUAUUGCAUGGCAACCCUUACGCUGGCUCCCCUUUUUUUGCACAAUACCACUGUGCCAUUGUUGCUGAAUUUGAUAGCGUAUGAGCUGUGUCCAGAUUUCAAAGAAACUUGCAAGAUCACCUCGCACUUGUCAUUCUUCGACUCCUUGAUUGAUAAUGGGGAGGAUGUGAAGGGACUGAGAGAUGCAGGCGUGCUGCACCACGGAUUAGGAAGCGAUGAAGAUGUAGCGGAGCUGUUCAACAAGAUGAGCGGCAUCCUGGUGCCAAAUCUUAAGAUAGACUCAGAAUUGAGAAGUACUAUCCAUUACUACUGCAGCAACAAAUUAUACCUCAGCAGUCUAUGUGCCAACAUCCAGGUUAAACUCACUCACACCUAUUUUAGGAGUCCUUGGAGCUACUUGGUCUUCCUCGGUGCCAUAGCAGGUCUUAUUAUGACAGGAAUGCAAACUUAUAGUAGCUUCCACGAAGACAGGCCCUCCUACUGAAACUUUAAUUACUAUAUAUAUUAAUAGCGUUCUUAGUAUGUGUUAGGAGCCAAUUGGGUUAAUAAAAUAAUUUUAUGUAU